AUAGGUGUAAGAGGCAGCCAGAAGCAGUCAGGAGGAGUGAGGUGCAGGAUACUCAUUACUGCAGUACACCACUGAAUACCGAAAGAUGGCAGCUCCGGCUAUUGGCAUUGACCUAGGCACUACCUACUCGUGUGUGGGAGUGUUCCAACACGGCAAAGUGGAGAUCAUCGCCAACGACCAGGGUAACAGGACGACACCUUCCUAUGUCGCCUUCACAGAUACAGAGAGACUCAUCGGUGACGCUGCCAAGAACCAGGUGGCCAUGAACCCCAACAACACUGUGUUCGACGCCAAACGUCUCAUCGGUCGCAAGUUUGAGGACCCAGCAGUGCAGAGCGAUAUGAAGCAUUGGCCCUUCACCGUGGUCAACGAAGCCGGAAAACCUAAAGUGAAGGUGGAGUACAAGGGCGAGAAUAAGACUUUCAACCCUGAGGAAAUCUCCUCUAUGGUGUUAACUAAAAUGAAAGAAACUGCCGAGGCCUUCCUUGGUAAAAGUGUGAAAGAUGCUGUCAUUACAGUUCCUGCCUAUUUCAAUGACUCCCAGCGUCAAGCUACCAAAGAUGCAGGAGCUAUCGCCGGCAUUAAUGUUAUCAGAAUCAUCAAUGAGCCAACUGCUGCUGCCAUUGCUUACGGACUCGACAAAAAAGUGGGUGGUAGAGGGGAACGUAAUAUUUUGAUCUUCGACCUCGGAGGCGGUACCUUCGAUGUGUCUAUUCUUAGCAUUGAUGAAGGUGUCUUUGAAGUGAAAUCUACUGCCGGAGACACCCACUUGGGAGGCGAAGAUUUCGACAAUAGAAUGGUGAACCAUUUCAAACAGGAGUUCCAGAGAAAAUACAAGAAAGAUUUGAGUGCUAAUAAAAGAGCGGUUCGUCGACUGCGAACUGCCUGUGAGAGAGCCAAGCGAACUUUGUCAUCUUCCACUCAGGCCAGUGUGGAGAUCGACUCAUUAUAUGAGGGUAUCGAUUUCUACACUUCUAUCACACGCGCCCGAUUUGAGGAGCUUUGUUCUGAUCUUUUCCGAGGGACGCUGGAGCCUGUAGAGAAGGCGCUGAGAGAUGCCAAGAUAGAUAAAGGCGGCAUCCAUGAACUGGUCUUGGGGAGGCUCUACCCGCAUCCCCAAGAUCCAGAAACUCUUGCAAGACUUCUUCAAUGGGAAAGAACUCAACAAAUCGAUCAACCCAGACGAGGCGGUGGCUUACGGUGCUGCCGUGCAGGCUGCAAUCUUGCAUGGUGACCAGUCUGAAGGCGUGAAGGAUGUUCUGCUGCUGGACGUGGCCCCUCUGUCACUGGGUAUAGAGACCGCAGGAGGUGUGAUGACUGCUCUCAUCAGCGU